AUGCGGAAUAAAGGCGAUCGACAAUCAAAAGACAUAUCACUCGCCGAAUGCACCGAGGUUGAAGGCCGAUUGCUUUACCGAGGCAGCAUAUAUGUCCCUGAUUACGACCCCCUUAAGCUUCGAAUCCUCCAACUUUACCAUGACGCUGCCUCUGCUGGAUACUCGGGACGUGAAAAAACAUUCGAACUCGUCAGUCGGGACUACUACUGGCCCCUCAUGCGAAAUUACAUUGCCCGCUACGUUCGGAACUGUCACACCUGUCAACGAAGUAAACCCAACACCCAUGGAAAACUCGGCGUACUUCGACCUUUACCGAUUCCCGAACAACCAUGGCGGGAGGUAUCGAUGGACUUCGUUACGGGCCUACCGGAAAGUGAAGGGUACGAUGCAAUUAUGGUAGUGGUUGACCGGCUAACAAAGAUGCGACAUCUCCUGCCCUGCAAUACUACUGUCAACUCCGAAGACGUCGCCCGACUAUACCUGCGAAAUAUAUGGAAGCUCCACGGGCUACCCACACACGUCACCUCCGACCGCGGUACGCAAUUUACAGCUAAGUUUUGGAAGGCUCUUUGUAAACACCUCAACAUCGAAGCAAGGAUGUCCACCGCCUUCCACCCAGAGACCGACGGCCAAACCGAAAGGCUGAAUGCUGUAAUGGAGCAAUAUCUACGUGGGUAUGUCUCUUAUCAACAGGACGAUUGGGUAAAAUGGCUUCCUAUGGCAGAAUUCUCCGCCAACAAUCAGGUCUCCGCAUCCACCAAAGCUACACCAUUCUUCGCGAACUAUGGGUUCCACCCCCGGUUUACAGUGACGAUCAAAUCGUUGGACAAGACCCCACCGAGUCUUAACGCUAAGGACUUCGCCUCGAAGAUGAAAGAACUCCACGAGCACCUACGUUCCAAUAUCCGUACAGCGCAGGAUCAACAAGAGCAGGCCGUCAAUACUAAACGAACGCCGGCCCCACAGUACGAUGUCGGUGAUAUGGUGUUUGUUUCAGCAAAAAACAUCCGAACCACGCGUAACUCCCGGAAACUGGACUGGAAGAAACUGGGACCGUUCCCCGUUAAGGAAAUUAUAUCGCCAUAUGCGUAUCGAGUCGACCUGCCUAGGAGUAUGAAGAUGCACCCCGUCUUCCAUGUGUCAUUGCUGGACCCCGCUGCGAAUGAUCCUGUCCCAGGGCAAAUUCAACCACCACCCCCACCCAUUAUCGUCGAACAAGAGGAGGAGUAUGCAGUUGAGGAAAUCUUGGACUCGCGAGAAUUACGAAACACUGGCCUACAAUACUUUGUUAAGUGGACGGGCUAUACCGACCCUACCUGGGAACCCGCCGCAUACCACGAUAAUACCGCCGCCGUUGAUAUCUUCCAUGUACGCUACCCCGACAAACCUGGACCAUUGGAAGGAAAGAUUAAGGUUAAGGCUCGCAGGAGCUCGCGCUUGAAGGGAGGGGCUACUUUCAUGGAUCGACCAGUGGAGGUACGGGGUUAG